AUGAAGACGACUUGGAAGGAUAUUCCUCCUGUUCCCACUCAGCAAGAGUUUCUAGACAUCGUGCUGAGUAGAACGCAACGCAAGUUACCGACGCAGAUUCGGGCUGGAUUCAAAAUUAGCAGGAUUCGAGCUUUCUACACCAGAAAGGUCAAAUUCUCCCAAGAAACUUUCUCGGAAAAGUUCGGCGCCAUUCUCGAGAGUUUCCCGAGGCUGCAGGACAUACAUCCUUUCCACAAAGAUUUGCUCAACACUCUAUACGAUGCCGACCACUUUCGUAUUGCCCUCGGCCAGCUCUCGACGGCGAAGCAUUUGAUUGAGACCAUUUCCAGGGACUAUGUGCGACUGCUCAAAUACGGCCAGUCCCUGUUCCAAUGCAAGCAGCUCAAGAGGGCUGCGCUUGGUCGCAUGGCCACCAUCAUCAAGCGCUUAAAAGACCCGCUGCUAUAUCUUGACCAGGUCCGGCAGCAUCUGGGGCGUCUCCCUUCCAUAGAUCCAAAUACCCGUACAUUGCUCAUUUGUGGCUAUCCCAAUGUGGGCAAGUCCAGUUUCUUGAGAAGCAUCACUAGAGCCGACGUUGAUGUCCAACCGUACGCCUUUACGACCAAGAGUUUGUUUGUGGGCCACUUUGACUACAAGUAUUUACGAUUCCAGGCCAUUGACACCCCUGGAAUUCUGGAUCAUCCCCUCGAGGAGAUGAAUACUAUUGAGAUGCAAAGCAUCACUGCCAUCGCUCAUCUUCGAUCCGCUAUCCUCUACUUCAUGGAUCUUUCAGAGCAGUGCGGGUACACCGUCCAGGCCCAAAUCCAGCUCUUCAAGAGCAUCAAGCCGCUGUUCUCCAACAAGCUGGUCUUCCUGGUCGUGAACAAGAUUGACGUCACUCGACCCGAAGAUCUGAGCCCCGAGCUACAGGCUGAGCUGGAGGGGUUGGUCAAGUCGGACAACGUUGAGAUGCUCCAACUCUCCUGCAACACGCAGGAGGGUGUACAGGAAGUCAAGAAUUCCGCUUGCGAACGUCUCAUCGCCGAGCGAGUCAACCAGAAGCUCAAGGCCGGUACCAGCAACGACGGUGCCAUCGGUGGGCGACUGGCAGACGUCAUGUCCCGCAUCCACGUCGCCACACCCAUGGACGGGCAAACUCGCGAGACGUUCAUCCCCGACGCUGUGAAGAGCAUGAAGAAGUACGACAAGCAAGAUCCGCAGCGCCGCAAGCUGGCGAGGGACGUCGAGGAGGAGAACGGCGGCGCUGGUGUCUACAGCGUCGACAUGCGCGCCAACUAUAUCCUCGACAACCCCGAAUGGAAGUACGACGCGAUUCCCGAGAUUUUUGACGGAAAGAACGUCUACGACUUUGUCGAUCCCGACAUCGAGGCCAAGCUGGCCGCCCUCGAGGAGGAGGAGGAGAAGCUGGAGCAGGAAGGCUACUACGACUCGGAAGAGGACCUUGGCGACGACGAUGAAGCCGAGGUUCUGAGAAAGGCGGAGCUCAUACGCGAGAAGCAGCAGCUGAUCCGGAACGAGGCUCGCAUGAAGAAGAGGCUCAAGAACCAGGCCAUCAUCCCCCGCAAGGCCGUCAAGAAGACGUACUCGGAGCUCGAGGAUGCUCUAGACCAGCUGGGCGUCGACACCACCCACCUGGCCGACCGGGCGCAGCCAAAGGAACCCCGUCGCGGCCGCUCCAUGUCCAGGAGCCGACUGGCCACCGAGGACGGCGAGGCCAUGGACGUGGACCAGAGCGCCCGAGACCGCCUGCGCGCUCGAUCCAAGAGCAGGGCACCCACCACCAACCGCCGCGAGGACGGCGUGGCGGACGAGCUCACCCGGACAAAGGCCGAGCGCAUCGCCAAGCUCAACCAGAAGAGGAUGAACCGCAUGGCUCGACAGGGUGAGGCCGACAGGCACACCACUGUCUCUCUUGAAAAGCACCUGUACUCUGGCAAGCGCGGCAUGGGCAAGACGUCCAGACGAUGA